UUUUAAUAGUUAUGAAGUUAGAGUAGGACUUUAAUUUCUUUAAUAAUCACAUGUACAAAUAAAACACUUUCGAAUAUAAAAAAUCAUUUUUAAAUUUCUUCAGAGAUCUCCCUUCAAUUUAUUUGUAAAAAUGCCAGUACCGGGUGGUGUUUAUCAGCAACAAGGACCAUCUUGCAUUGAUAGAAUGAAAAUGGGAUUUUUUCUAGGAUUUUGUGUUGGAAUGGCUAGUGGGGCACUGUUUGGUGGAUUCUCGGCUCUUAGGGGUGGCAUUCGAGGAAGAGAGCUUGUGAAUAGUGUAGGCAAAGUUAUGCUCCAAGGAGGUGGCUCAUUUGGAACAUUCCUUGCUAUAGGAUCUGGUUUAAGGUGUUGAAGACAUUUUUGAUCAAAUUUGCACUGUUUUACAUAAAAUGUCAUCAUAUUUAGUGUUAGUAUGAAUGAAUUGUGAUUAUUUACUAUACUCCACUGCCAAAAAAGUAUUGCAUCACUUAUAAAAUUACAAAUAUUUCUGACAGCA